CGCCGCUAUUUGAGGCGCGGGGCGGGCGCGCGUGCCCCGCUGCGCCGCCGCGCCGGAUCCGCGGGCCCGCAGGCGGCGGCGGCGGCCCCGCGCCCCCCGCGCGCCCCCGCGGGCUGCACCAUGCGAAGCGCCCGGGCGCUGCUGCUCGCCCUCGCCCUGCGGGUCUGCGCGCUGGACACCGAGACGCCCGCCGCGGGCUGCACCUUUGAGGAGGACGGCGACUUGGCCCAGUGCGAGUACAGCCAGGGCGAGGACGAUGACUUCGGCUGGGAGCUCAUCCGGAGCUACGUGAUGCCCCACCUCACCGCGGACCUUCCUCACGGGUCCUACCUGAUGGUCAACGCCUCGCAGCACGCCGCGGGCCAGCGGGCUCACCUGCUCUUCCAGACGCUGAGCGAGAAUGACACCCACUGCCUGCAGUUCAGCUACUUCUUGUACAGCCGCGACGGCCACAGCCCCGGCGCCCUGCGCGCCUACGUCAAGGGGAACGGGGGCCCGCUGGGCCGCGCCGUCUGGAACGCCUCCGGCUCCCACGGCCGCCAGUGGCACCAGGCCGAGCUGGCCGUCAGCAUGUUCUGGCCCAACGAGUACCAGGUGCUGUUCGAGGCGGUGGUCUCCAGCGAGCGCAGGGGCUACCUCGGCUUGGACGACAUCUUGCUCCUGAAUUAUCCCUGCUCAAAAGCUCCUCACUUCUCCCGCCUGGGCGACGUGGAGGUGAAUGCGGGGCAGAAUGCCACCUUCCAGUGCGUGGCUGCUGGGAAGGCCUCCGAGGCGGAGCGGUUCCUCAUGCAGCGGCAGAACGGAGAGGUGGUGCCGGCCGCAUCGGUGAAGCACAUCAGCCACCGGCGCUUCCUGGCCACGUUCCAGCUGGACGAGGUGUCCAAGAAGGAGCAGGACAUGUACCGCUGCGUUACCCAGUCCGUCCGGGGCUCGGGUGUCUCGAACUUCGCCGAGCUCAUCGUGAAAGAGCCCCCAACACCCAUCGCUCCCCCACAGCUGCUCCGUGCGGGCUCCACCUACCUGAUCAUCCAGCUCAACACCAACUCCAUCAUUGGUGAUGGCCCCAUUGUGCGCAAGGAGAUCGAGUACCGCAUGACCUCGGGGCCCUGGUCAGAGGUGCACGCGGUCAACAUGCAGACCUACAAGCUCUGGCACCUCGAUCCUGACACAGAGUACGAGAUCAGCGUGUUGCUCACUCGCCCUGGGGAAGGAGGCACGGGCAAGCCGGGGCCACCUCUCAUCAGCAGGACCAAGUGUGCAGAGCCCAUGAGGGCCCCUAAAGGCCUGGCUUUCUCCGAGAUCCAGUCCAGGCAGCUGACGCUGCAGUGGGAACCACUGGGCUACAACCUGACCCGGUGUCACACCUACACGGUCUCGCUGUGCUACCGCUACUUCGUGGGCACCAGCCACAACCAGACCUUCCGGGAGUGCACGAAGAUGGAGCGCAACGUGAACCGCUACACCAUCAAAAACCUGCUGCCCUACAAAAACAUCCACGUCAAGCUCAUCCUCUCCAACCCCGAGGGCCGCAAGGAGGGCAAAGAGAUGGUUUUCCAGACAGACGAGGAUGUCCCCGGAGGCAUCGCUUCGGAGUCUCUCACGUUCACCCCCCUGGAGGACAUGAUAUUCCUGAAAUGGGAGGAACCGGUGGAGCCCAACGGCCUCAUCACGCAGUACGAGAUUAGCUACCAGAGCAUCGAGUCCUCCGACCCGGCCGUCAACGUGCCUGGCCCGCGGCGCACCGUCUCCAAGCUGCGCAACGAGACCUACCACGUCUUCUCCAACCUGCACCCCGGCACCACCUACCUCUUCUCGGUGCGGGCCCGCACGGGCAAGGGCUUCGGCCAGACGGCGCUCACCGAGAUCACCACCAACAUAUCCGCUCCCACCUUCGACUACGGGGACAUGCCGUCGCCGCUGGGCGAGUCGGAGAGCACCAUCACGGUGCUGCUGAGGCCGGCGCAGGGCCGGGGGGCUCCCAUCAGCACCUACCAGGUCAUCGUGGAAGAAGAGAGGCCCAAGAAGAUCAAGCGGGAGCUGGGCGGCCAGGAGUGCUUCCCGGUGCCGCUGACGUUCGAUGACGCCGUGUCCCGGGGCUCCGUGCACUACUUCGGGGCCGAGCUGCCUGCCAGCAGCCUCACCGAGGCCAAACCCUUCACCGUGGGGGACAACCAGACCUACAGCGGCUACUGGAACCCGCCGCUGGAGCCCAAGAAGGCGUAUCUCAUCUACUUCCAGGCCAUGAGCAACCUGAAAGGGGAAACCCGCCUGAACUGCAUCCGGAUCGCCCGCAAAGCCGCCUGCAAAGAGAGCAAGCGUCCGCUGGAGGUGUCGCAGCACUCGGAGGAGAUGGGACUGAUCCUGGGCAUCUGCGCCGGAGGCCUCGUCGUCUUAAUUAUCCUCCUGGGAGCCAUCAUCGUCGUCAUUCGGAAAGGAAAACCCGUCAACAUGACCAAGGCGACGAUUAACUACCGCCACGAGAAGACGCACAUGAUGAGUGCCAUCGACAGGAGCUUCACGGACCAGAGCACGCUGCAGGAGGACGAGAGGCUCGGGCUCUCCUUCAUGGACGCGCACAACUACAGCAACAGGGGCGACCAGCGGAGCAGCGUGGUCAACGAGUCCAGCAGCCUGCUCGGAGGCUCUCCCCGCCGCCAGUGCGGCCGCAAAGGGUCCCCGUACCACACCGGGCAGCUGCAUCCCGCUGUGCGCGUGGCUGAUCUCCUCCAGCACAUCAACCAGAUGAAGACGGCAGAGGGCUACGGCUUCAAGCAGGAGUACGAGAGCUUCUUUGAAGGCUGGGAUGCUUCGAAGAAGAAAGACAAGACUAAAGGGAGACAGGAUCACGUGUCAACAUAUGACCGCCACCGAGUCAAGCUCCACCCGCUGCUGGGAGAUCCCAACUCGGAUUAUAUCAAUGCCAACUACAUUGACGGUUACCACAGGUCCAACCAUUUCAUAGCCACCCAAGGUCCCAAGCAGGAGAUGGUGUACGAUUUCUGGCGCAUGGUGUGGCAGGAGCACUGCUCCAGCAUCGUGAUGAUAACCAAGCUGGUGGAGGUGGGACGGGUGAAAUGCUCCAAAUAUUGGCCGGACGACUCCGAGAUGUACGGGGACAUCAAGAUCACCCUGGUGAAGUCGGAGGCGCUGGCGGAGUACGCCGUGCGGACGUUCACCCUGGAAAGGAGGGGCUACUCGGCGCGGCACGAGGUGAAGCAGUUCCACUUCACGUCGUGGCCCGAGCACGGCGUGCCCUACCACGCCACGGGGCUGCUGGCCUUCAUCCGGCGCGUGAAGGUGUCCACGCCGCCCGACGCCGGCCCCAUCGUCAUUCACUGCAGCGCCGGCACGGGCAGAACGGGCUGCUACAUCGUCCUGGACGUCAUGUUGGACAUGGCCGAGUGCGAGGGCGUCGUGGACAUCUACAACUGCGUGAAGACCCUCUGCUCGCGGAGAAUCAACAUGAUCCAGACAGAGGAGCAGUACGUCUUCAUUCACGAUGCCAUCUUGGAAGCCUGCCUGUGCGGGGAGACGAGCAUCCCGGCCAGCGAGUUCAAACCCACCUACAAGGAGAUGGUGAGGAUAGAGCCGCAGAGCAACUCCUCGCAGCUGCGGGAGGAGUUCCAGACCCUCAACUCGGUGACUCCCCACCUGGACGUGGAGGAGUGCAGCAUCGCCCUGCUGCCCCGCAACCGGGAGAAGAACCGCAGCAUGGACGUCCUGCCGCCGGACCGAUGCCUUCCCUUCCUCAUCUCCGUGGACGGAGACAGCAACAACUACAUCAACGCGGCCUUAACUGACAGCUACACCAAGAGCGCUGCCUUCAUCGUCACCCUGCACCCGCUGCAGAACACCACCACCGACUUCUGGCGGCUGGUGUACGACUACGGCUGCACCUCCAUCGUCAUGCUCAACCAGCUCAACCAGUCCAACUCCGCCUGGCCCUGUUUGCAGUACUGGCCUGAACCCGGACUCCAGCAAUAUGGCCCGAUGGAAGUAGAGUAUGUUUCGGGAGCAGCUGAUGAGGACCUCGUGUCUCGUCUCUUCCGAGUCCAGAACAUCACACGGUUGCAGGAAGGGCACCUGAUGGUCCGGCAAUUCCAGUACCUACGGUGGUCGGCUUAUCGAGACACUCCGGAUUCCAAGAAGUCCUUCCUGCACCUCCUGGCCCACGUGGAGAGGUGGCAGAAGGAGAGUGGCGACGGGAGGACAGUUGUGCACUGCUUGAAUGGGGGUGGCCGGAGCGGCACCUUCUGUGCCUCCACCAUGAUCCUGGAGAUGAUCAAGUGUCACAACAUGGUAGAUGUUUUCUAUGCUGCAAAGACCCUCCGCAACUACAAGCCAAAUAUGGUAGAGACCUUGGAACAGUAUCACUUCUGCUACGACAUAGCACUGGAAUACCUGGAGUCGCUGGAGACCAGAUAGCACCUUGCCAGGAGAGCGAAGGCAAGUGUUUGUUUAGGGUUUUGUGCCAAACAUGCAUUUUGCACGCGGACGUCGAGUUCGUGCUGAAAGCGAGGAGGGGGAAAAACAGCAAAGGACGGAACGAGAAACUAAAAUCAAAUGAGAAAUGAAAGGCAGGACAUGGGGACGUGCCGGCCAUUCCCGACCUUCAUCCUCUGCUCUCCAUCUUCCUUUCCCUCCUCUCACCCUGAGCACACGUCGGACGCGGGUUGGAUGCCAGGACUCAUCCGUCACCGCAGCGGUGUCACUUUGCCAGCCGGGACUUGGGUCACGGCCGUGGAUUCGGUGCACGGGAGAAGCCGGCCGAGGCACGCUUGGACAUCUCUGAAGCUGAAGAGGAGGCCGAGGAAGAGACAGAAGGAUCCCAAGCCCGUUUCCCAGCAAGGGUGUGAUGGAUAUUGGGAGAUGAGACGUUGUUUUUUAAUAGUAUGUGGAGUUGAAGCUGCUCUUCAGAGGAGCCCAGAAGGAUGCUGGCAGGUUUUGCCUUUGUGGGGCUGAGCUCUGAACCGGAGUAAAGACCCUAAAAGGAGCUUUCUGAAUUUUGCCUUGAUCUAAUCUUGAGUUUGAUCUUCACCCUUUAAUUUCUGCGAGUUGCCCCCUCUUUGGGUAUCCAGCCCCGGAGAGAGGGAGGCCGUGGGAUGCGAGCUUGGGAUGCAAUGCUGCUUUUCCUGAUGCUCCGAAUCCUCUCCCAAGCCUCCACGGGCCGGGGACCCCGGAGGCACCGACCUGCGGGUCCAUUUGUAUUGCUUCCCUUGGGCAUCGCUGCACAUGAGACACCUCGAGGGUGCAGAAAGCAAAGCCUCCAAAGCCCAGCGGCGCGGUGGGAGAUUUGGGUCCUUCCCUUAGGUCUCCUGGGGGCCGUUGGGCUGCCGCUUUGCUUUCGCCGUGGGUUGCAAGGCCCCUUUUGGCAGAGCGUGGUGGGGACGGGCUGACGGGGUCAGGGCUGGUGGCCGUGGGUUGCAGGUGGGUCUCCAAAGGUAGGUCCCAAGCUGGAACGUCACCCCGCCAAAAUCUAUCAGGUGGGCCUGGCCUCCUAAGUUAAAAUUGGAAUUAUUUCCUUGAAAGUCCCAGGAGAAAACCUGCUGUCAGAGGUGUCAGGAUUAUUCCCGUGAUUAGCAGGGCGCUGGGAUGAAUCCAGCCUCUUUAGAUGAACCCCAUCCUUGGCUGGAGGAGGUCAUCAGCCUUGAUGGAAGGGCUGGAGCCCAUAUGGAUAUCGGUGGGGCAACCUGGGGCUAAUCCUGGGAGCCGGCGCCGGGCUAAGCUGAGGGACACCAUGGAGGUGACCGAAGUGGUGGCUGGCGAGGAAGGGUGGAGGGACGAGCUGUUCCAAAACACACUUUUUCCAUCUGAUACCGUAGUAAUGAUGGAUUUUGGGGGGGAGAAAGCCUGGUUGCACUCGGGCUCUUGGAGUGAGCUGCGGUCGGCGUUUGCUCCCUCUGCCAACGGCCGCAGCCGGAGAGACGCAGUGUCCGCCUUGGAAAUCGGGGCACCGGCAGGACGUCGCGGCUGUCUCGUGGACCCGGCAGCACCCGUUGCGGGUCUUUUCCCAGCGGUGGAGAGCAGCCACCCAACCUUGCUCUGGACAUUGCGUGUGAUGGCCCCAUCGGUCAGCUCGCUCCUUGGGCUCACGCCGCUCCCGGCCGCCGGCGGGCAAAUCCUUGGUCCCGGGAUGCUCUCACCGGCUCUGCAAGGACUUGGGAUGGGCACGGGCUCGGAGUGAAGCUCCCCGCGGAGCACCAGUGCCCGGCUCCGGCAGCUCGGCGACGCUUUGGGACGCUUCAUCCAUCUGCCCGGACCCCGAUACCUCCUUUUGCAAAGCGGAGGUGAUGCGAGGGCAGGUUUCCAGCCCCGAGUGCCGGGACAUGGAGGAGCCCUUUCCCUGGGCAGGUGCGUUCGGAUCCGUGCUGCGAUUCGAAUAGGCUGGAUAACCCUUCGGAGGACGUCGUUUGGCUGGUCAAAUCCUGCACAAGGCCAGAGCAAAUUCCCAACCACCUGCCAUCAGGGAGCAGCUCCCCGAGAUAAAUCUCUUCCCUCUCUGCAUUUCGGGGGAUUUACUCAUAUGCAGCCACUCGAUACCGCGCUGGGAAUAAGCUCCACUUUCCCGUUGUCCGCAGCCGGUUCCUCCCCACCGCGGCGGCAGGGACGGAUCCUGGGCAGGCGUUGAGGACCCCGCUCCGGAGCCGGCGUCUCCGUGCACGGAGGAAUCAGCCGGGGCCGGUGGGUUGGGCCAAGGGUUAGUGCCGGGGCGGCCGCGAGCAGCAUCCGACCUUGUGCCUUGACUUAAGGAGCCUGGGAAAAACCGCAGCAAUCUCCGCGGGCGGCGACGGGGCCGUUGAUGGAUUUCGGUAGCGUCGAUUGAUUUUUUUUGCCCAGACCUCUGGCUUUCCCGUGUCCUCGCUGAAUAAUUCACGCCGGCCUACCAAUAACUUAUUCCAAGGGCUAUAAAACACGUUUCCGUCGGCUUCCUCUCCCGCCCCGGCGCGUGCUCCCGCCGCGGUCGUCUCCCGGCCCCGCCGGCGCCUGCAGAGCUCCCCGGUCCCCGCAGCCCUCGCGCUGCGAGAGCGGCUUUGAAUAAAUCAUCACCCUUUGCCCAAAUCCCCCCUUUUUGGAGGCCGGGCUGGGCGCGGAGGUGGGAGCGCUGCGGCCGGCACGCCGGGUCCCGCGGGAGCAGCCGCGUGGGAAGCUCCGGCAGAGGGUCCGGUGCCUCCCUGCUCCAGAAUUUGGAUUUUUUUUCUUUUUUUGGCUUGAAAAUCAACUUGGGAGGGAGAGGAGGCAUCCUGCAGGUAAAACGCUGCCAGAAAAAAAAAAAAAAAUUAAAAAAAAAAGAAAAUUUGAAACCCCAUUUAAUCCCCAUGAGAAAACAGAAGACUGGAGGAGUUGUAUAUAUGUUUUAAAAGUGAGAUUUCUUUUCUUUUUUUCUUUUUUUUUUGAUAUCUCCUUGCUGGAUGUCUCUGGGUUUUUCGAGCAUCCCUUCAGAAGGGCAGGCUUUAAAAUCAAAGUGAUAUCGAGACCAACCGAUCUUCAGCUGCUCGUGUGACAUGAAGCAAGGACAUCCUGUACAUAGAAAAAAUAUAUAUAGAAAUAUAUAUAUAAAAAUAUAAAUACCGUUCUUAAGAUGGAUAAUGUUUAUUGGUAUUACAGAUUGGAGUGGUGCUUUUCUUUUUUUUCCUUUUUAAUAAAAGCAAAAACCAAUGAAAAAAAAAAAGAAUACCCUCAAACCCAAGGAAAAAAACGCCAAAUGGGAAUGAUUUUUGUCUACAUGGAAAAGAAAAGGCUGCCAGCAUCAAAGGGACUGGUGCCGCUGGGCGUUUGCUGGGGCGAGGGGGGGGCCCACGCGGGACCGAGGGAGGGCUGGCGGAGGGGUGACGCGGCUGCUGCCGAUUGUACCACGCACAUCCCGCUGUUGUUAACUGUUUUUCUUUUUUUUAAAUUACGAUUAUUUUUUUGCUUUCUUUUAAGAAAAUCGGUUGCAUAAAUAAAUGUUCCCCAAUUCGU